UUUGUGAACUGAAGUCUAGAUUUUAAGUCUGUACUUUUAGCUUUUUGAGCUCAUCUUGGUUGGGGUUUUAAACCACACUGUGUGAAAUUAAAUUAAAAGCUUUCAAUAGAUCAUGGAGCGGACUCUGGAAUUCUUUUUAAUUUGGGCGUCUAUCCUUCUCAGUUGGAGAAUUACGCACCAGGCAGCCAACGUGGCUCUGAGUGGAGUGGCUGUUCAGUCUUCAGUAUGGGACAGCAGUUUUCAUCCGUACCAACCGAUUGAUGGCAUAUCUGAUCCAGUCAUGACUCGUGGGAGCUGCACUGCCACUAAGCGGGAGCAGAGCCCUUGGUGGAGAUUAGACAUGCGGGGUCCGUACAACAUCUCUUUAAUUGAAGUCGUCCGAAGAACAGAUUGCUGCAUUACUGAGUCAGAUGGGGCUGAAAUCUGCAUUGGUAACUCACUGGAGAACAAUGGCAACAACAAUCCCAGAUGUGGAGUGAUCCAUAUCACCAGUGCUGUUACCAUGGUCUUCAACUGCAGCCAAAUGACAGGACGUUAUGUCAACAUUUUCCUCCCCGGAGCAGGAAAGACACUUCAGCUUUGUGAGGUCAGAGUGUAUGCAACUACCAAUAUUACAGGAGAGAAUGUGGCACCAAGGGGAAUAGUUACACAAUCAGGAGAACCAGAUUCUAUUGCAACUGCCCCACAAAUGGCCAUUGAUGAAGACUCUGAAACCUGUGCCUCAGUCCCACUGCAAGACAACCCCUGGUGGCAACUGGACCUGAUAAGUAUCUACCGAAUAACGGCUGUGUCUAUCAUCAGUGUCACAGACUGCUGCUUAGAGGACCUGGACUUUACUGAAGUCCGCAUUGGCCUCAGUAGUGACACCAGCAACCAGAGGUGUGUCGUCAUCUCUACUAUAGAAGGACAGCGCAAAUACGACUUCCAGUGUGGAAUAAUGGAAGGUCGCUUCGUCCAUGUUGCUCUCCCUGGAUUACAGAAGAAACUGACUGUUUGUGAAAUACAGGUGUAUGGUACUGUUCUUGAAAAUGUGGCUUUGAGAGGAGUGGCUUUUCAGUCUUCCUUACUAUUGGAAACUGCAGGUCAAGCUAGCAGUGUUAUUGAUGGCCAUCAGUUUUCCACCUGCAGCAUAACUGAAAGCAAACCCGGUCAGUGGGUGACAGUGGAUUUACUGACUCCCUACAAUGUGACUGUGAUCCAGCUUGCCUACACAGAGGACUGCUGCUAUAGUCAGGUCCUAGUGGACAACACAAGCUGUUCAGUUGACUACAGUAGUUCACGAUCUCUGGUGACGGUGGAUUGUGGUGGGAUUGUGGGCCGCUAUGUGACUGUAAUCCAUCCAGACAUACCACCGCCUCUGUGUGAGGUGGAGGUCUACAGCACUUUGGAGAAUACUGAAAACAUAUUUCCUCAGCUGCCUCCACCCAAUGAUCACUGCUUCUCGGCCUCCUGCAGUCUUGACUACAUUCUCAUUCAGAAUGAACCUAAAACCUGGUUUGAAGCCCAGGCCUACUGCAGAGAGAGGUACACUGAUCUGGCCACCAUAAUCAAUAUUAAGGACAUUAACCGUGUCAUUGACAAAAUGGAGAAUACCUUCUACGACUUUUGGAUUGGACUGUAUGAAGAUGUCAUAACCUGGAGUUGGUCUCUGCCAGAUGAAGAUUAUUAUGGAGAUGGUGAAGCUGAGUUCAGGAACUGGGAUCUUGGUGAACCCAACAUAGAGCGUGGCAUCCAACACUGUGCUGGCAUACAAGACACCGGUUUAUGGAAAGACCUGGACUGUGACUUACUUAACGACUUCAUAUGCUUUGAUGGCAGAGGUGGUUCACCAGAAACAAAGAUUCUCGUGGAAAUACCAAUGAAGUGGAUCGACGCUCAGUACUACUGCAGGGUGCACCACACAGACCUGUUCAGCGUGAGGAACCAGGCUGAGAACCAGGAAAUCCAAAGCAUGGUGCCGGCGGGAAAGCUCACCUGGAUCGGCCUGUUCGGAGACUCCUGGAAGUGGUCCGAUGGGAGUAACUCCUUGUACAGAUUCCAGUGGCAGGGGUCAUUGGACAACUUAGGAGAAGGACCCAACUGUGCUCAUUUUUACAACAGGAAAUGGAGCGUAAGAUCCUGUCACACCAAAUCUAUGUUUCUCUGCCACUACUUUAAAAAGAGAUCUGUGUUGAGGAUCAGCACUGACUUUGACAUGAGUGACCCAGACAUCCAGCAACAAAUCUUAAACCAGCUGGAGGCAGAGAUGAAAAACAAUGGCAUCAGUGAUUUCAAGAUCAGCUGGAGGAUGAGUUUCACACAUAAACAAAGCACAGUGAGUGCCACCGAUGGUAGUCCUGCUACUCUGACUGGACCGGAGUUGAACAAUACGGACCAGACGACUGUUUGUAUUAGUGAUGUAAUGAGGAAUUUGGGGGAAAAGGAAAAAACAAAAAUUGACAAAAUUAAAGGAGGGCGAAGUUUGAUUUAAUUUAAAGAUACUGUGUGAAACCAUGAAUCUUGAAAAAGUUAUGUUAAUUUUAUUUGUGUUUGUGUUUGUGUGAGCAGCAUAGUUACGUAGCUAAUGAUAGCGUGCUAGAAACUUUGAUUUAUAAGAGCUUGUGUUUAUGUAAGUGAUAAUGCCCGGCCAGGUGUCCAUUAUCUCUAAUUAACUAAUGUUAGACGAUAGAGGAGGUUUUGUGUGUUUUUGAUAUUUAGUAUUUGCAGCAUUUUUCUUUGGCAUUUGUUUUGUGGGUUUGUAAGUUUUUGCUUCUGCUUCGUUUCUGUGAUUGCAGCAUUUUUCUGUUGCAUUUGUUUUAUGUGUUUGUGUGUUAUUGGUUUUGCAUCAUUCCUGUGUUUGCAGCGUUUUGCCAUUUGCUGCGAGUUUGCCCUUGUCGGCCACCGUACAGAUAUUAUAGGAAAUGCAUUACAGGAUUUGUUUGCAUGCAGGCUCUCUUUGCAUAUACAUAUUUUCAUGGCUUUUAUUGUUGACAUCUGCUCUUUAAACUAUUUUGUGCCCCGGUACUACAGGUUAAAAUGAGUCGUUCUAGCUAACUUUCUAGCAUAUUUUCAGAAACGUUAUUAAAUGCGCUGUCCCUGCAAAUAAA